AUGGGCACUCUGAAAGAUGACACUGAAGUUGCUGUUAAGGUUCUCCGCCGUCAUCAAGACACUAUAAGGAAUUUCAAGCAAGGGUUGGAUUAUCUACACAAUGGUUGCAAACCACCAACAAUCCACAGGGACUUGAAGCCUUCCAACAUUUUACUAAAUGAAAACAUGCAAGCAAAACUAGCCGAUUUCGGACUCUCCAGAGUCUAUGUAAGUGGGAUUUAUAAACAAGAAAAGUGUGUUUAUAGCUUCGGAUUAUUCUGUUUCACUUAUCACUGGACAACCUACAAUAAGAGAAGCCUCGGCGACGCCAGAGUACUACUUCAGCGUGUGAUUCCGGUAAUUGAAAGAGGGGAUAUCCAAAACCUUGUCGAUCCAAGAUUAGAAGGACAAUUCAACGAUAAUGCAGCUUGGAAAAUAGCGGAGAUCGCCAUGUCAUGUGUAUUACCAAGCGCAGCUCAAAGACCGGACAUGAGUCAUGUACUGGCUGAACUGAAGGAAUGUUUGGCUACUGAGGCGGAUCCUAGAAGACCCUACCGAACAGAAAGCAUCAACACAAGUUCAAGUGAUUUACUUAAUGAGGUCUGCAUUGAGCCUGGAAUGGGGAUAGUCCCCAUCACAAGGUAA